UUGCUCCGCAUCUGUCCUUCCACCAGACUGGGAACUGCUGCAGGGCAGUAAUGAGAUCUGACUCCUUUGUGUUCCCCAGAAUCGCGCAGCGGGGUCUAGUACAUAACACCUGCCAAGUGUUUUUAAAGUUUAAUUAAUGAACACAACGGGUUAUGACUGCCCCAACCCCAACUUUUCCCACAGCACCAUGGGGCUGUGACACAGUCCUCCAGGCCCCCCCCCCCCCCCUCUUGCUCCCUCCCUGAACAAACCUCUGACUCCGACUUUCUGAUGUUGCCUCACUUCCUGGAAGUUGAGAGAGCACGGCUAAGUACUGGCUGCCGCUUCACUCUGAGCCAGACCUGCCCACCAUGGCCCUGGUGCUGAUCCUGCAGCUGCUGACCUUCUGGCCCCUGUGUCACCCAGGCAUCACUUGGACGGGUACCCAGGAAGCCCGAGGACCCAGCACGCCCAUUUAUUCAGUGCCCCCACCCUCACACCCCAAGCCCUGGCUGCGGGCUCAGCCUGCUGCAGUUGUGAGCCCCGGGGUCAAUGUGACCUUGACGUGUCGGGCGCCCCAACCCGCCCGGAGAUUUGUACUCUUCAAGUCUGGACAGACCACCCCCGUGCUGUCCCAGGAAGUGCUGUUCAGGCAGAUGGCGGAAUUCUCCCUGGAGGAGGUGACCGAGGCCCAGGCGGGCAGUUACCAUUGCCGCUACAGCAGUCUACCAUGGGUGCUGGGCGUCUGGUCCCAACCCAGCGACGCCUUGGAACUGCUGGUGACAGACCAGCUGCCGCGCCCGUCGCUAGUGGAGCUCCCCGCUCCGGCAGGGGCACCAGGUGACACCGUGAGCCUGCGCUGCGCCGGCUGCGUGCGCAACAUGAGCUUCGUGCUGUACCGCGUGGGCGAGGCGGCGCCGCUGCAGUACCUGCGGGCCACUGAGCCCUGGGCCGACUUCCAGUUGCCCGGUGCACGCGCCCCGGGGACCUACACCUGCUACUACCACACGCUGGCAGCGCCCUACGUGCUGUCAGAGCGCAGCGAGCAGCUGGUCAUCAGCCUCGACGGGUCAGGCUCCUUGGACUACACCCGGGGCAACCUAGUCCGCCUCGGGCUGGCCGGCCUCGUCCUCUUCUCCCUGGCCACGCUGGUCGUUUGGGACUGGCGCAGCUGGCGUCGAGCCCCUGCUAGCGUCUGACCCUGAGACUAGAGGACUGGAUCCAGACGGCGGAGACGACUUCUCAGAGAGGCUGGGAAGAAGCAGGUUGGCCCCGGUGGGCCUGGCCCUUCCAAGAGCCCCGCAGCCCUUCCUCCUGGCUGGGCUGAGCUUCCUAAGUAUUGUGGUAACCACCUGUGUCCCGCGCUGUCCCUUCCUCUGGGUAAAUUCCCCAGGACCUCUGGAUCUGGAGGAAGUGCGCUCAGGGGUUAAGGCUUCCGAGCCCGGAAGCUCUGGGUUGGAAUCCCAGGGCUGCUGCUCACCCACAUGCGACAUGUGGGCGACCUUUCCCAAGCCUCCCUGGCAGUAGCUGGAAAACGGGUGCGUUGUGAAUACCCACUUAUUAGGAUUUUUGUAGGGUUAAGUGGACAUGGCAUGCAAAGCGUUUCAAACAGUGACUGACCCAUAGUAAAUGCUCAAUAAACAUUAGCACCUAUGUGACAUGGUUCCGUCAGUCUCAGGUCCCGAAGGAAGUGCUCCUAUUUUUUCCAUUGCGCGUGCUCCAGCUCACCUUUGUAAGCAACUUAUUGAUAUCAUUGUCCUCAUGACAUCACACCUGGUCACCAAGGAAACCCCUCACACCUCUUCAAACCAAAGGUAAAACCAAGACAGACCUAGCAGAGCCCUGGCCUGGUGGCUCAGUUAGUUGGAAGGUUGCCAGUGGAUUCCCAGUCAGGGUGCAUACUUAGGUUGUGCACUCUGUCCCCCGGUGUGGGAGGCAAACAAUGGAUGUUUCUCUCUCUCUCUCUUCCUUCCUCUCUCUCUAAAAUCAAUAAACACAUCCUUGGGUG